AUGUAUCAGAACUACAAUGGUUGUAAAGAUAUUGUAUCAUCAAUUGUUGACACUGAAAAAUCAAAGAUAAUUGAGGUGCUACGAAAUGCUAGGUUUCUUUCAGUAUUGUCUGAUGGCUCUACACACUCUUCUGUAACAGAACAAGAAACUGUCUUCGUCAGAUAUGUUGGUAUCAAUGGUCACCCCGUUACGCAGUUUGUCAGCAUUGUUGCCUUGCAGUCAGCACACGCUGAGGGCGUGCUAACUGGCAUCGAUGAGGCUCUUAACAGUGUGGGGAUAAGCAGGGAACUGGUAGACUCCGAGUUGGUUUGGUGCAAUUUUGAUGGGGCUGCUGUCUUGUCGGGCUCCAAAACCGGGGUGGCAACUAGGAUGAGAGAAAGACUUGUUGGCCGAGACAUUGUUGUGCCUCAUUGUGUAGCACACAAUUUAGAAUUCGGUGUUCUCGAUGCCAUCAAACAAGUCAAGUACCUCACAAUAUUUCAGAGCACAGUACAACUUGUCUACAAGUUCUACUACUAUUCUCCAAAGCGGAGACGAGAAUUAUCCGAGAUAGCCAAGAUUCUCGAAGAGAGUACCAUUUCUCAAACAAGGCUCCAAAAUAACUCGUUGGAUAGCAAGUCGCCAUAG